AUGUCCACAUUAUUCUCUGCGGUCGUCAAGCCUGACAAGCCUCUACUCUAUCUUUGCGAUGAGAGCACUCUGAUUACCAACAUUGCGGUUUGCCCCAUCGCCACCAACAAGAAGGCUGCCAACGCGAACACAAUCGCGCCUUUUGUGACUGUCCUUAAGCUGCAAUACGAAGGACCCGUCAUCGAAGGUGAGAACGAUGAUGAGGACGACAAAGAAAACGUCGCUUCCGCCAAGUCAACCCCUGCCAAGCUUGACAAGAAGCAAGCCAAGAAGGGACAAGAACCCAAUGCCAGUGACGAUGCGGCCGACGCUGAUGACGACGAUGAUGAUGAUUCGGAUUUCGCCGACAUCGACAUUGAAGCCAAAGAAGUCGUUGUUGGCUCUUUUACUCCCAAUGUUCUACAAAUCAAGACCGAACUGUACCUUGCGCCCCACGACCAAUACCGCUUUUUGAUCUCUGGUAGCCAGGAAUACGAAAUCCAUCUCCUAGGUCGUUACAUGCCCGACUCUCCUGACGAGCCCCCCUCUGAUUUCGAUAGUGACGAGGACUCAGAGGAUGAACUAGAUGACAUGUAUCUAAACGAAAUCUCCACUGACGAGGAAGACGGCGACGGUCCCAGAAUCGAGGAGCUCGAAGACGAUGACGAGCCAGCCUCCAAGCAAACCAAGGCAGUCAAGAGCAUCACUGCAGCUCCCGCCAAAAACGGAGCCAAGUCAAACAAGCCCACGGAAGAGAAGCGACCAAACAAGAGACCUCUCGAAGACACAGCAACCGACGCGGAUGUCUCGAUGGCCGACAGCACGGCCGACACCACAAUGGACGGCCAACCCAAGCUAUCCAAAGCGCAGCGCAAGAAACUCAAGAAAGCCCAGCAGACCGAGGCGGCUGGGGCCAAGGAGACCAGCGGGGAAGCCAAAGCGGCUGACCCCAAGAAGUCCCCCGCACCCAAAGAGGCCGCCAAGCCCGCCACUCCUGCGCCCGUCACCCUCCCCUCGGGCCUGAAGAUCAUCGACACCAAAGUCGGCCAGGGCGCCGAUGCUAAAGCCGGCCAAUCAGUCUCGAUGCGUUACAUCGGUAAACUUAAUAACGGCAAGGUCUUCGACUCGAACACCAAAGGCAAGCCAUUCAACUUCAAACUCGGUCGCGGUGAAGUCAUCAAAGGAUGGGACGAAGGUGUCAAGGGAAUGAAGUUGGGUGGCGAGCGCAAACUGAUCGUCCCUGCCAACCUUGCUUACGGCAAGAGCGGAGCACCCCCGGACAUCCCGCCCAACUCGGUGUUGACCUUCGAGGUGAAAUUACUAGCCAUCAAGUGA